AUGGCAGAGCCUGAAAAUUACCACACUCCUGCCAACGAGUUCCUCCAGAGAGAGGUCUAUCGCCUCGGUUCAGAACCUGGACUCCGGUCACUUCCUCCCGGCCCUGAGCGCGAUUUCCUCACCCUCACCUGGGGUCCCAUUGUCUAUCGCACUACCUACGCACCUGGCUCACAGCGUUUGAUGCCCGUUUUUCUCCGAGCACUCAACGAACAGGUUCAAAGCGCCUUGCCACGAAGUCUUCCGGGAAGUCCAGAACAGCUCCGGUCGCUGGAACGAACUUAUGCCUCCAAGGUAUUCAACUCGCAGGAAGAGUACCAUGGGGUAGAUGAAGAAACUGUUCGGGAGGCCUUUCACGAUUGGAAGGUUGCUUUGUCCUUGCCUUCAAUAGAACUACCCGUGCGAUUGCGGAUGUGUCUGAUGAUCGACGAUGGGGUCUUGUCGUUUCUCACAAAGACCGUGGAUAUGUCAUCCAUGGUGGAGCAGAAUGCGGAUUAUGCUAGCUGUCCCAUCAAGGUUGUUGAGGAGAACUUCCCUGACUUACAUCGCGGGUUUUCAAACCCGGUGAAGGGGAAUUAUCCCGGCUGGACAGUUGUGGCGCUGUCAGCGCUUGUGGAAAUAUACGAUGGUCUACGUCAAGGGAGAAAUUUGGAAGAAUAUCACAAGCCCAACAAGAUCUAUCUGGGGCAUGGAAAUUGGAGUUAG